UAGAACCAGAGUGUAUCAGUGUCAUUUCCUCUCCAACAUCUGGGACUGACACUUGACUUCCAACAUUGAAAGCAUAUUCACAAACUUGUAAAGCAACUUUAAGUAAGUUCAGCAGCCUUUCCCGAGAAUGAAACUUUAAUUUUAACUGACUGAAUAACAAGGUAGAUUAGAUGACUUUCAUUCACUUUCAGUAGAAGUGAAACAUUUUUUUAGAGCUGCUGUUCAAUACGACACUUCAGAGGAAGAAAAAGACAGAUGUACAAACAGUUGAGCAGUCAGUAAAAAACAAUGGCGUCAGUUAAACAACUGCUUUGUGACACACUGGAUGAUCUGGAAGAAGAAAAAUUGAAGAGAUUUAAGAGCUGCUUAAGAGAAAAUGGACCUAUUCCAGUUUCUGUACUGGAGAAAGCAGAUGCAACUGACACAGUAGAUCAGAUGCUGGAUCGUUUUGGACCAGAAAAUGCUGUGAAGAUCAUGUUGCAUAUCCUGAAAAAGAUGAACCAGAACCAUCUUGCUGAACAGUUAGAGAACAAACACACCGAAGCCAAUAUCAUCAGCUGUGCUCAGACUGAAGUCAGAGUUGAUCUGAAUACUGAAACAGUCUAUUCAACAGAGGAUUGGAUGUUGCAAACAUUUUUGAAAAAUCACAAAAUGAACAUGAAGAAAAAAGCAGAACGUAUUUUUGAGUGCAAGAAAGAAAAUGAAGUUCAUCUCAAAGCUGUUUACACAGAGUUGUUCAUCACAGAGGGCGAUAUGAAAGAUGUCUAUCAGGAACGUGAGAUUCUGAAGAUUGAUGAUGCUUUCAGGAAGAAACAAACACAGGACAAACCAAUCAAUUGCAAUAAAUUAUUUACAUUAUUAAGGGAGAAUAAUGAGGAAAAGAUUGCACUGACUAAAGGCAUUGCUGGCAUUGGAAAAACUGUCUCUGUGCACAAAUUCAUCCUGGACUGGGCUGAAGGAAAAGCCAAUCAGGAUAUACACUGUGUGUUCCUGCUCCCAUUCAGAGAGAUUAAUAGGACUAAGGAUAGAGAGGUAAAUCUUCAUGAAUUCCUACUGGAAUUUUAUAAUGAAUUGAAGGACCUGGAGAAAUCAAAGUUAUAUACAGAAUAUAAACUUGCAUUUAUAUUUGAUGGCCUUGAUGAAAGUCGACUGCCUUUGAAUUUUGAAAGCGGAGCACUGAACAUGGUUGAGAAAAGAUCAUCUGUAGACGUGCUGUUUACAAGUCUGGUGAAAGGCAAGCUACUUCCAUCAGCUCUUGUGUGGGUGACAUCACGACCAGCAACAGCCAAUCAGAUCCCUCCUCAGUACGUAGGUUUAUUUACAGAAGUGCGAGGAUUCACUGACCAACAGAAGGAGGAGUACUUCAGAAAGAGAAUCACAGAUGAGAAUGUGGCCUCCAAAAUCAUCUCACACAUUAAGACGUCUCGUAGUCUGUACAUCAUGUGCCAUAUUCCUGUGUUCUGCUGGAUCACGGCCACAGUACUUAAAAAUAUUCUCAUUAAGAACAAUCCAGAAAACAUCAGCACAACACUCACCGAAAUGUACAUUCACUUUCUGCUGAUACAGAUGAACAUGAAGAGCCAGAAGUAUGAUGAGAAAGCUGAAAGACAACGCACAAAGCUUUUACAUUUAAAUAAAACAAUGAUUUUGAAGCUAGCCAAGCUAGCAUUUAAACAGCUGAUGCAGGAAAACAUUGUGUUCUAUGAGGAAGAUCUAGAAGAAUGUGAUAUUGAUGUGAGUAAAGACACCGAGUUCACAGGAAUGAUCGCUGAGAUCUUUAAGAUGGAAGAUGGACUUCAUGAGACAAAAGUCUACUGCUUUGUGCAUCUGAGUGUUCAAGAGUUCCUUGCUGCAGUGCAUGUGUUCCUCAGCUACCUGGACAAAAACAUGCAGGAGCUUCAGUUUUUCUUUAACAAGCCAGAAGAAAAUAUCACAUUACAGAACCUACUGCAGAAGGCUGUUGAUAAAGCCAUGAAGAGUCAGAGACGACAUCUUGACCUAUUCCUGCGCUUUCUGAUGGGCAUUUCAUUGAAAUCCAGUCAAAACCUGCUCACAGGCCUGAUCACACACACUGAAGACACCACAGAGAGCAUCACAAAAAUAACUGAAUACAUUAAACAAGAACAAAAUAAGAAUGGUAUCUCAGAUGAAGCUUUAGUCAACCUAUUUUACUGCUUACUUGAGCUCAAAGAUCAUUCAUUAUAUGAGGAAAUUCAGUGUUACCUCAGUUCAGAUGAACAUCCAGGAAGAAACCUCUCAUCUUUAAUGUGCACAGUGCUGACCUACGUACUGCUCAUGUCAGAGAAGAUGCUGGAUGAGUUUAACCCAAAGAGGUUCACGUCACCUUCAAACUACAAGAGGCUCAUCCCAGGUGUGAGAUGCUGCCGAAAAGCACUAUUUGACAGGUGUGGUUUUGAUGAAACAUGCUGUGAAACUGUGUCUUCUGCUCUACAAUCAUCAAACUCCCAUCUGACAAAGCUGGACCUGAGUAGCAAUCACUUGCAGGAUUCAGGAGUGAAGCUGAUUUAUGACGGACUGAAGAGUCCUCACUGUCAACUGAACAUACUGAGGCUGUGUGGGUGUCAUCUCACUGCUCAGUCCUGUGAAAGUUUGUCUUCAGCUCUACAGUUCUCAAACUCUGUCCUGAGAGAAGUGGAUAUGAGUAACAAUGACCUGCAGGAUUCUGGAGUGAAGCUUCUUUCUGAUGGACUGAAGAGUCCAACAUCUAAGCUGGAGAUAUUGAGAUUAACCAUAUGUAGUCUCACUGCUCAGUCUUGUGGGAAUUUGUCAUCAGUUUUGAAAUCCCCAACUUCAGUUCUGAGAGAACUAGACCUGAGUAACAAUAACCUGCAGGAUUCUGGAGUGAUGCUUCUUUCUGAAGGACUAAAGAGUCCAAACUGUCAGCUGGAGAAACUGAGGUUGUCUGGCUGUAUGGUGACAGAGAAAGGCUGUCAUUAUGUGUCUUCAGCUCUGAGUUCAAACCCCUCACACCUGAGAGAGCUGGAUCUGAGCUACAAUCACCCAGGAGAUUCAGGAGUCAAACUGCUUUCUGAAAAACUGGAGGAUCCAAACUCCUCACUGGACAAACUCAAUGUGGAUCAUGGAGGAGAAUCCAGGAUUACAGCAGGACUGAAGAAAUAUGCCUGUUUUCUCACACUGGAUCCAAACACCGCAAACAGUGAGCUCAUUCUGUCUGAGGAGAACAGAAAGGUGACACGUGUGUUUGAGUAUCAGUCGUAUCCUGAUCAUCCAGACAGAUUUGAUGGUGUGUUUAAUCGUCAGGUGUUGUGUAGAGAGAGUGUGUGUGGACGCGGUUACUGGGAGAUUGAGUGGAGUGGAGAUUAUUGUGUGUUUAUAUCAGUGUCAUAUAAGAGCAUCAGCAGGAAGGGAUUGGGUGUUGAGUGUGUAUUUGGAUAUAAUGAUCAGUCCUGGAGUUUGAUCUGCUCUCCAUCUGGUUACUCAUUAAGACACAAUAAGAUAUUGACUGGUCUCCCUGUGAAGUCCAUCAUCAGUAGAAUAGGGGUGUAUGUAGAUGAGAGUGCAGGAACUCUGUCCUUCUACAGCGUCUCUGACACAAUGAGUCUCAUCCACACAGUCCAGACCACAUUCACUCAGCCGCUCUAUCCUGGGUUUGGUGUUUAUUAUAUUGGAUCAUCAUUGAAACUGUGUUGAUGAAUCAGAAUAGACUGAUGAGAGAUUCUACCCAUAAUGCUUUGAGCUGCAUGAUAAAUGACUGACAGUAAGAUGUUAUAGUCUCUUCAUGACAUUAAUACUGCAGCUCAACUUCUGUCACUCAAAUAACAGUCAGAAUCAAUGUGUCAGAAAUCCUUAUAUAGAUAAUAACAUAAGGGGGGGCGCGGCAAGGCUAGUGUACAGCCGAUUUUUAUAGAAAUUCGAAAGAGAUAAACGGCCGAAAAUAUCUGCCGCGCUGUCCGGCAGUAUUCAGCGCACAUCACUCAAUGUGUGACGCUCCGCUCAAUAUUCUGCUCUAUGAAUGUGCGUUACGUUGAGUUGCUCAUGGCCCAUAUGAAUGCUCCACUCGUGCUCAACGGAAAUACAAAGACCGCUCAAAUAACGCGCCGACAGAAAAUGUCUAUGUAUACUGUAUUCCUGUUUGCAAUAGUGUCCCAUACUGUGCUGUAACAUGCUGUAGUACUGCUGUACUGGACAACGCUGGUAAAAUGACGCAUCCCUCUCGUGACGGUAUGCUCUGCUCACAUGCUCUGUUAAUAAUAGUUUUGUAGGACUACACAUUAUUUUGAUAAUUAGUCGAAAACAA